AUGGAAAACUCAAAAUCCCCAUCAGAGUCCUUAAAUAACUCAUCCAAAAACAUCCAACAAAAUAAGCCUAUUUCCUCAAAUGAUGGAAAGAAAUUUAUUGGAGUUAGACAAAGGCCAUCAGGCAGAUGGGUUGCUGAAAUCAAAGAAACUUCACAAAAACUCAGGCUAUGGCUUGGUACUUUUGACAAAGCAGAGGAAGCUGCUCUGGCUUAUGAUAGUGCUGCACGUCUUCUUCAAGGAAGAAACGCGAAAACAAAUUUCAAGAACCAGGGAAUCUUGAAACCAAAUGAAGAGAAUUGCAGUUUGUUGGAAAAAAAUCCAAGAUUAUAUCAACUUAUGAAACAUGCCAUCAUGAAGAAACUUGCAGGGAAAUAUCAAAAUAAUGAACGUUUAGAAACAGAGGAGGAAUUAGUUCAAGAAAGUAUAAAUAAAGAAGAGAUAUGUGGGAUUCAAUUACAGGGAAGUUCAAAGGUUUAUUCUUCAGUGAUUGUGGCUCCUUCUUUUAGUAAUAAUGAAAAAUCGUACCAACUUUAGAUGUCUUCGAUCGUUAAAAGUAUUAAACAGUUGUUAGGUUGUAUUAGCUUUUCACAUCAUAUUUGGUUUGUUUCUAGUGAGAUUAGUUUUAAUGCAAUACAUGUUUACUUUUUAAUACCUAAGUUUAUUUGAUGUUUUCUUCUUAUGUUUCUACCUCCAAAACUAGUAAGCAAUAUAUUGGGAUAUUAACAAU